AUGACGGAGUGCGAAGUUGAUCGAGGAGUGAUACAGCCGCGGUGUGACGAGCUAUUCCGAUCGAUCGAAGCCGAUUUUGAAGCAUCUCAAAUCCCAACCGAUAAAUGGUACCUCACUGCCCUGAGCGCCCUCACCACGACCUCCAAGCCUCAUCUAGCAGACCAGCUCUAUCUGUAUUUAAUCGGCCAGGAAAAGUAUUCCACCGUUGACGCACGACGGGUACUGAUCCAACGCAUGCGUGAAACACUAUUCAAAGCUAUCGUGCUUGUGGGUCUUCCCCGGCCUACUGAAGCACUUAUAUCGAUUAGUCGGGUGGAGCCCGAGGGUGAAGAGGAGCAGAGUUUCACUCGCGAUGGAUGGCAAUGCGACGAAUCCAAUCGUACACGAGGAAUGAACUGGCUACUCAAAAUCUACGCUGAAAAUCUUACAGCUCUGUUCAGUCUGUUCAAGAGACACCGCGAUUGGGGGUUCUGGGUUGGCGAAAUUGCCUACGGGUUGCACCUUUCGGAUCGCCAGGUUCUUGACGACGUAGACACAGAGUUGGUGGUUUUGCAUGCGGUAAUGGGUCAAAAUUUACCACGGGAAACAUACUGGCAUAUUCGAGGAACAAGAAGAGUCGGAGUCGCCAAAGAAGAUGUUCAGAUGGUGUGUGAUUGUGUACGCAAGGUGUCUGGGUUUUGUGGAGUCGAGCUGGACCAAAUCCCGUCUGUUGAUGUGGUAGAUGCAGAAAUGUAA